AUGGAUCACACCUCUGAGAAGACAUCGCUAUCUUCAAAUGCUAACCAAGAGCAGCCUCAGACAGUGCUAGGGUCCACUUCUCCCAGCAAGGAUCAUUACGAUAAUGAUUCCCCAUCAAGUCAAGCGAAUCAAAGCCGUGCCUUUUGCCAAACCGUUGAAUCAGGUUAUUCGUUGCGACCGUGCACUAUGGAGGAAUCAUGUAGUAGCGAGCAGGCUCCAUGUUUGGCUAUUAGCGUCUUUGAAGAGAUGUCAAAAAAGGGAGAACAACAGCAACAGAAACAAUGCCAAGAGGAAAUAUCGUCGCCUGUUGUCGUACCCGGGUGUGGUUCUGUGAAUAAUCCUGAUUAUGGCGAGACGGCCGAACAUAGACGAGCGUCGCUUCUUCCCAAGCAAGGAACUAUAGAGGCCACAAUGGCUAUAAGUAUUUCUUUGGGACAACCAAACAUCGAAUCCCCCUCAAAUCGCUGUCGAAAUCAAGCCUUGCAUUCCACCGCUGCUGCUGCUGCUGCUUCUGCCACAGACAUUAUGAACAGCUGCUCUGUGGAAUCUAAACAAUCCAUUACUUUACCAUUUUCAAUAACAGCAACAGCAAUAACAACACCAAAGUCUGUAGUAACAUCGCUCAUAACACCCCCUCACAUCUCUACCAAAGGCAGCACCAUAUCAAUGAGACGGCACCUGAAUAUUUCAAUCCCCACCAUUCAUCUCGGCGGAGGGCUACAGGAUAUCAUAGGCGCUUUUGCUUCUUCGACAAUCAGUAACAAUUCGCCAAACCUGCGAGAACCAACUUCUUUCGAGGGUGUAGGCGGUGACAUUGUACCAUCAAAAGUUACGGAUGAAAAUGUCGAAUUGCUAGAGGUGAUAGAGCGAAUUGAUAUUGAUCGUAGAAAUACGUUCAGAAGGUGUGAAGAAUAUGAAGAGGAAAUGACUAGGGUCAGGGAACAGGCAGAGGAAAAGAGUCGGAAAUUCAAGGAAGCCGAGAAGAAAAUCAAAAGGCUUCGAAAAGCAGAGCGAAGCAAUGCCAGACGAUGUGAAGAAUUGGAGAAGAUUUGUCAGGAAAAGUGUUCAGAGAUUCAGAAAUUGGAAUCAAGAGCUAAAAGUGUUGCGAAAGAAAAUCCCCAAAAAUACAUUAAGUUGCAAGCCGAAGUAGACAAAUUGAAGCAGGAGCUUGAUAUCAAAACCAGGGCCACUUCGGAAACAAAGGCCAACGUUGAUCGAUUGGAACAAGAAAUUGUUCGCUGUAAGGAUGAGAUAGAGGGAUUACGGAACAGUUGCACGACCAUGAAGUGUGAACUUGUUUGGGUCAUGGACAAGAAUAUUAAACUUACUGAGCAUCUGGAGAAGCUCUGGAUGAAUACCAUGCAAGGUCAUGCCUCCGAAACCUCUAGUAAUCAUUCUUCCUCUGACGAGCUUUGUGCACAGUCCUUGCUGGACGAGCUCAGUGACAGUGAUCCCGACUUCUCUUUGGGAACAUCCAUUGAUGAGCGAGUUACGCGUGAUGACCAAAAGGAAAGUGAAGGUCCACAUCCUGGGAAUGAAAAUAUUAGUGCAUCUUCAGCUUGCGAUAUUCAUCUUCCUGAGGAUAGGGACUCUAUUGAAGCCAUUCCGAGCAAUUCUGAGAGCGAGAGUGGGAACCAUGGAGGUCAGGAUUCGCUUCCGGACGGUCCUUUUAUAACGCCUUUGUAUGCGCUAUUAGAAACACAGCCCACCGUGGAGGGAAGCUUGACAGAGGCUACGUCUUGUCCAUCAGAUAGUCCUGGGCCACAGUUACAAAGACAGAAUGACAUGGACUUAAACGAUUUAAGUGAGCCAUUAUCGCAGAUUUCCGGCCCCGAUGCAGCCACCAACACUGAUCUGAUCUGCUUCAACAGAAGCGAAAACGAAUAUGUUGAUGACGAGGUAGGAUCUCUGGACAGCACGCUUGGUAGUAUGGAUGACAUGUCUAAUACCACGGAUGAAAAUGAAGGACAACCACUACCUCAAGCGGAAGGGUAUUCAUCCUUCGUUCUGUUGGAUGCGGCUAGCGGUCAAUGGGCCUUACGAAUAUUGUCCAUUAUUCUACAGAACCAGCAGAGACAGGAUGAACUAUCUAUUCACAUCUAUAAUAGGCAGCAUUACCUAGAUCAAGAGAUCCAACAUGAUGCUUGGACUGUUCAACACCAUAUCCCAGAUAGGGCAGAGGGUGACUUGGGAGAUGUCUGA